AUGGCUCCGAAAGGCGCAAUGGGAGGAGGCGCUUCGGCGCCCGGACUCUCCUCACCGGAGAAGCGCAAGGCUAGCAAGGAAAAGAAGGAUCGAUCCAAAGUACAGAGUGCGUGGCUUGCGACGGUUUCGAGGACCCGAGAAAAAUAUCCUAUUCCAUCCCUUCAUAUGAGGAUAUCUCUCACCGAUGGCAUAUCACGGCCUCGUCUUGGCAGAUGGAGUGUGUCUCGGAGAUCGGGGAACGAGAAUAUCGAGGUGGUCAGGACCAAGUCCCAAGCAGGCAUGUUACGUCCGCGUCGGUUUCCCACCAUAUACAAGUCAAACUCGAGGCUCUUUAUCGACCCGUUCGAGCAUCCUCUACCCGAAAGAGCCCGACCGACAUCGAAUAAAACAGACUCCUACAAACAGUCCGUCAUUGUCGACUUACCCGAACGGGUACAGAUGCACAUCGCAUCACACUCCACUGAAAAACAUUCCGUUGUGGAGGAGGUGCCUAACACGCUUGAAAUUAUCUUGGCUGCAAGGAUACAACAAGUUCAGCAGCCUUCCUCGAGAUUUGAAGAGCUCAACGAUGAUGCAAGUGUCCACGAGCUGGAAGCGGUAUUUCCAACAGCCAGCACACCCGCCGAAGAAUCCCAUACCCCUACUGCCGUCCUGCUGUGUGAGGCGGACGACCCUACCGCCUUGCCCACUCUAGACUUUCUGCAGCGAUCAUUCACCAUGGACGUCAACCAGCCGCGUCGACCAAAAAUCUCACUCUCCAUACCACGCAGCAAAUCCCUUCAUAUGCUACCCGGAAGCGGUGCAACCACUGCUGCUCUUCUGAUGAGUCCGCUUUCCCCUUCAUCUUAUACCACGUAUCGAAGCCUUACACAACUGCCAGCCAUGCGAUAUUCCAUCAUCUCCCCUCUUACUCCCAUCGACAUGCCAAUGCCCAUGAGACCAUAUUCGACGAUUAGUGUGCCUCUUUUCAUGGAGGCUUCAGAUCUUGCUCAAGCCAGAGAAGAAAUUCCACCGCUUCCGACAUUUGCUGCCUCUUUUUCUCGGAAGCAUAGCGCGUCAUCUAGCAUGAGGCAUUCACGUCAGCUCCAAAAUUGGUCAGCACAGCAGGGGGAGCAUCAAAUGGCCCGAUUAAACGCACGAGAAGAUAAUGCAUCUUCUUCUAGCCCUUCCCCAUCCAAUGAUGCCGAUGAUGAAGACGACGAAGACGGCACCAACGAGCCUUGCACCCAAACUACUCGCAGCAUGACUAGGAAAUACAUGGCAGCAUCUAUCAACAAACCCUUGCCGCCCGAACCACAAAUGGUAAUACCCAGCAUAUUACCACCGUUAGCCUACAAGCCGCGGCAAGUGAGGAUCACCCAAGCACAGGAGAACCUGCCGCGAUCUCGCUAUUCGCCUACCCACACUGGAAGACUUGGCGGUUUUCGGAAGGCUGCAAGCACCAAGAACCCAACUUUAGACCAAGCCAUUGAAGAGCUCGAGUGGCGCCUGUCAUCUAUUUGCGAACAACGUUCAGCAUCAGCUGGCCCAUGGCCCAACACACCUAUCCAAGUCAGCCGAGGAUUGAUGCUGAUGGAGCCCUUGAGGUCACCACCACCAGUACCUCGAUCUACGGAUAGUGGAGCCAUCAAGGUUCCAAGACGACCAAUUGUGCGAAGUAACUCGGCCGGCCAUAUCAUUUUCCAGUCCAAAGACAUCUCCCAAAAGAGGGCGCGUUCUUGUCAUGAUUUGAGAUGGGCAGGAGCAGCAUCGGACACGGCGGACAUUCGCCUUGAAGAAUCAGAAACCUGGUAUCGGACGGCAUCCGAGCGAUCGUCAGCGGAUCUCUCUCACUCUGUAUUUUCGGACGCAGACACUGACGGCACUUGUCAGACCGAGCAGUCGCAUGCGCAGGACAAAGCAAAAGAGAAAGAGAAAGAGAAAGAGAAAGUUGAAGUUGAAGUUGAGACGGAGGAAAACUGUGUGAUCAACAAUGCCGAGAUGCCACAAGCCAUGCAGUCCUCUAGCGUCCCUGCAGAAGUCUGCGAGACCGUCAUCCUGCGCAUCAUGUCCCACAUGACGACGCUCAAAGACUUGUUCGCGACCGCGGCUCUAAACAAGGGCUUUUACAAUGCCUUCAAGCGACACGAGAUGUAUCUGAUCAAAGCGACUCUCUGCAAAUCUUCGAUCGCAGGCUGGGAAUUUCGAGAGAUAUCCGAGGAGACUCAACUCACUCCGACUGCCUACCUGCGCCAGUAUAGCGUUGAUAUCUACACAAUGGGCAUGUUGAAGUCGCUCAUUUUGGUUCAAUGUGAAUCAUUUUUGAGACCUGUAACAAUCGCCGGUCUCGUUGGGGCUGACCAAACUCGGUCAGCCGAAAUUGACGCGGCAUUCUGGCGAGUGUGGACAUUCUGCCGUCUCUUCGGAAGGAGUGCGGGUGAAGACGAAGACAUUGAGGCACAGGUCGACUGGCUUAAUGGUGGGGAGCUGGCUCGGGAACAAGACCCUUCUUCAUCGUUCGGCAUUGGAAACGGAGAUGGUCUAUCGAAAAGCGAGCUGUACGACAUGAAUGAGCUCUGGACUUGUCUGAGUGUGCUUGUGCAGACCUUUCAUGGGCGUACUGGCGAAGCCCGCGCCGUGGGCAUCUAUGAAAAAUGUCAAAUCGAUUCAAAGCGCGACGAGGAGCUAUUGUUGGAGGAAUGGACGUGGUACUUAUUGACGUGCGGUCCGUCGUGCAUCCUGGAACUUGCCCCCGGGUCUUUCACCACCGCUAAGAAUCGAGGAUGGACCGAGUGGUCUCCUCCUGCUCCUGGACAAGGUCGCAGCCGAAGCAAGUUCUUUAAGGAAGCCAUGGCGCAGGUUUACGAGGCACGUCUUGCAGAAGAGCUCAGGGCGAAGAGUGGAAAGGCCCAGCGUACCUCAAAAGCGUCGCAUCGCGUCACGAGAUCCGAGGAGGCUCGGGAGCUUGAUCGACGUCGACAGACUGCAUUUGCGGAAGAACUUCGAUCUCAGCGACAGCACUCGCCAAGCAAGUCUGAGCCCUGGACAUUUUCGGACGAGAGACCUAUGUCGGUGUACUCGCAGGUGGUCAGGGCCUUACCUCACGAGGCGUCCCGCAUAUCAGCUCAAGAUCUUGCGGCAAUGCCCAAACCACCAUCGACUGAAGAGAGACAAUUUCCACCAAAGUCCACCACAAGAGAGCAAACCACGCCACCCCGUUCGCGUACUCCUGUGCUCACCAGCUCAAGUGCUGUUCUAACGGCCGCAGAUGACAUUCCAACAAACGGCACUGGUAAUGUCACGGUAGCUUCUCCGGUCAUUACCUCCGGGAGAGUCGCCAACGACAGCUAUGAGAUUGUCGACCCCGCUGACCGAGCCAUGACCCAUCUUGUUGACGUACUAGGCUUCGGCAAAGAAGCGGCGAAAUGGGCAUUGACUCGGUCCGAAACCGGUCACGGCGUUGACGUGGAAAAAGCAGUUGCCAUCCUCCUGCACGACUCGCCUCCGACGUCUCGAGCAUCCUCGCGAGCAGAGGUGCAUUCUCCCAUUGAGAUUGAAUCGUCAACCGCCAGACCUGAAUAUGUACGAAAGCGUACACCACUACAGCAGAGAGACAGCAUGGUCACGACUGAUGAUAUGACGGAGAGAGAAAAGCAACAAGCGAAUUUAACGAGGAUGAGAGAAAAGAGCUAUCGCGUUCUUGGUAUCGGGGCGCCUCAGGGUGGGAAGAAGUUUGGCUCUACCCUUGGAAGGAAGUUGAGAGUUCGAUAG